UAUAUAAAGGAACUCUACAUCUGUAUAGUGAAACAACAUCUACAAGUAAACUUCGGUGAAAUACUGCGACACUCCAUUUCAAAAUAUUGCUGGUAUGCUCGCCAACAGGAAGAGGGAAAAGUUAGUUUACCUCAUUAAUUAGACAAUUUGACCCUGGAUCUGCGUUUGAAACCUGUGUGGCUUGUCUUAAGUGGUUUAAACAUCAAACGACGUCGGCCCUAUGAUGAGAUCUUUACCAUUCUCAGACGAUCAGAAAUGACUUCGGAAUCUACUCGGAACAACGGAGGGCCGGUACAAAGGCCGUGUGGUAACUGCCGCCCCUCGAAACUUUUAAUACUGGUUCUCUUCAUGCUCUAUGCAAUGUGCCAAGUUCAGAUUCUUGUUAACAGAGCGGAUUCCCACAAUGUUGCGCAUAUUUUGCGCGAAAUUCAACUGGCUGACGAACGCAUUACAGACGUAGAGUUGUCAUUAAUCGAAGUGGAGAGCAAAUUGGAUUUUGUUCUCGCUGAUUGGAGUAAAAAGUCUGCUGUCCAUAGCAGAACGAAGAGACAGAGUCGUUCUGCGUCUCGUCUCGAAAUUCAGCGGUUGAAACGACAAUUGAGGCAUUUAGAACGCAGACUACAAUGCGCUACGUCAGAUAACAAUACUGACGAAAGAGGAAGGCCAUGUCCUUCAAGGACAGGAGGCAGAACAGGUCUUUUAAAGAAUAAGCGAAAAGGAGAUAGAACUACUUCAACAAGUAAGCCUUCCACCAAACCGACACUUAAUAGAAAGUCCAGCCAAGGCAUGGAAAACCUCAACGCUCAAAUGGCGUUGAGCCAAAAAGGCUCAAAUCGAAAACGGACAACCAUCUACACUCACUGGGGAAAGUCAAAAUGCGAUGACGAAUCAGAUAUAUACACUGUGUAUUCAGGAAGAGUGGCUACCUUGCAUUCACAAACCAAUCCUGCCGUUGGUUCAGAAUAUAUGUGUGUACCUGACAGCUUUGAAUAUACUGAUACAAGACACAUGACAAGUGGACUUUACUUAUCACCCGUUCGAUUCGGCACGAAUAUGAGCGUUUUCAGACCGUUUAAUGAGGAAAAUUGCAAUCAGUAUCCAAGUAAAUGCAAGUUGUUCAGGGAAAUCGAUCCAAGUUACUUCAGAGAACUCGAAAUGUUCCAGGUCCCUUGCGCAGUGUGCAGGCGCGAAAAACGUUCAGCCACACUCGUCACUCCGGGACGCAAUACGUGUUACCCACUCUGGUUUAAAAUGUAUCACGGAGUUUUAAUGACAAAACAGGGUGGAAUUGCAAGAUCGGAGCACAUCUGUGUCGAUUACGACGCGGAUGGUAUACCUGGUACCAAUACCACUGAUACAAACGGCCCGUUCAUACAGUUUGUUGCGUACAAGUGCAAUAAAUCUUACUGUCCUCAGAACACGGACAUUCCGAAAGCGUUGACAUGCGUUGUGUGCACAAUCUAAACAUGACAUAAUUAGUGGUUCAGAUACGUAACACUUAGAAUCUCGGCUUCGUUUGGAAAUUUUCAACGCCAUCGCCCUUAGUGCAACAACAACAAAAGACAAAUCGUAAGGAGGUCAUUGGCGAAAGGAGUUAGCAUGGCUUGGAAAAGAGUACAUGAACAGAUGUUGUCUUGGCAUCCGGACAUUAAGAUGCAAUUUUCGGCCCCAAAAAACCCUCCUGUGAGUUUGGAAAACAAAGCUCAAGAAGGGCAAAGAAGUAUAUAUUCAUUUAGCCACAGCCGUGAGCGUAUAGUUAAGUAACUUAUAACUAUACUUAGAAAUUCCUAUGAUCAACAAUUCGAUUAUGCGCCCGGGUUUUAAUCGCGUGAUAAUUGGCGCAGGCAUUGCCGGAAAUAAUAUCCUCGCAUAGUAAUCAAGACCAAAUAACAUAGUUGUUUCAUUAUAAAUCUACCAGUCGUUCAAACCUUGUCAAAAAAUGGCUUAUGUUUAAAUUUUUAUUUACAACUGCACUCUGUUAGGCCACGCACUUAACCCGCUAUCUAUCACGGAUUAGAUAGCGAGCGGCUAAGCUAAUCAAAUUGCAGUAUUUGUAACAGAACGCUGGUAUAUGUAUACUACUUUUGAUUUGAAAUGGAAUGAUAACCGACACAAGGAGAAACACAUUACAUGAUUUAACUACUAAAUAUUUAAACGACUGCAUCCUGUUCAGGACUCGUCAUCCAACAUUCACAUAGCCAGCGGUAAUAGGAAUGCGUGGAGUCCAAUUCUGUCUGUAAUCAUACUAGCGAUUGACAAAAUCGGAUGAUCGCGAAGCGGGAGUUCGAUUUGUUAAUCAUUAGUAUGAUUACAGACAGAACUGGACGACGCGAAUUCCUGAUACCAAUUAAUCAUAACUAUCACAAAAUUUAAGAAAGAAACUAGACAUUGGUUACACGUUUUCAUUAAAAAAAAAACAACGUUAACUCGGCGAAAUGGGCCACAACAACGCGCGUACAGAACGUGCACUGUCCAUUUACACAGGCAUGACGUGUCCCCUAUCCUAUUACGUUGUCCAAUUACAAGCAUGACGCGUACACUGUCCUUUUAUUGCUCAAAUCGGGCUGGUGAUAACCAAUCGCGUUCGAGAAUUUUGUUAUAGUUUUGAUUAAGUAAGCAAUUAUACAAGAGAGCUUUCUUUGACUCAUUAUUGAGCACUGGUGGAACCCCGAUAUUUCAGAAAGUUUAGACACCCCGGUAUGGCGAACGGUGUCAGUGAAAUAUGAGGAAAAGAAUCAAGCUUCCCUCCAACAAACUAGGAAGGGAGAUUCAGAUUCCUUGUUCCUCAGGAGCUAGGAUAGGAGGAUGAUAAUACGCUUUGCAUGAGAUCAUGACUACUGCAGGAAACUUCUUGCAAUCGGUACAACGAAUUACAGAAAGCUACUCCAUAAAAUGACAUUCAAUUUGGUUAUGGGAGCACAUUUUCAGUCGGGACAAAGUGCGCAUCCCCUGAAAUUGAGGUGUGAAUGCAAUCCACAAUUAUCACAAGAUCCCACUGAAUUAUUUCAUUUACUUACUUUUUCCCUCGGACGGAGGAUUUAGAUGGUUCAUUUUUGACAUAAAUAGCAGUUUAAUUAUUAGAGAGCUUUCCUUGAAAUAUAUUAAUUCAUUCAAAUACAGCUCAUUCUUUUCUGGAUGCCAAUUCAUAACUUCUACAAUUUCCAAGCCUCUUUUUUAGAUGUUUAAAAUCCUCUUAGACGUGUAUGUGUCAAUAAAUAUUAAGACUCAGGCUUGUAUAAACUGAAAAUUUUGGAUCACAAAGUGUAUUAUGAGAAAUCUGGAAA